GUCGGGUCUGUGUUUACUUCCGGACUCGGAUUUAGAUUUUCGCUCAGAAAGCAGGCAGCUCCGGCGGAGGCUCAGCGUGGCAGCCUGUCUGUGCGGUCACCAUACAAGGCUUCAUGACAGAGGUUACCGGGUCGACAAGGAACCAUCCCGACAGUCGGCGGCGCAGCACACCGGACGCGGCUCCAUCCGGGCGGAAACGCACCGCCGCUCAGCUCUCCUCCGCCCGCCGUCGCCAGCUAAACGAGGGCUGACCCGACCGCCGCUCCAUGAUCGGGGGGCUAGCGGCGAAUCAAAACAAGGACAAUCGCUCAAAGUUUACCGCGACGUUUCGCGUCUGAUCUGCCGGGAGGACCAGCAGCCCGAAGAGACACGGGAGGAGAGAAAGACAGAGAGAGAGAGCGACCCGGGACUCCGGAGCCAGGCGGCAAGGCUAGCCAGGGUGGUGGCUGGAUAAAGUAGCGGGAGGGGGGUUGCCUCCAGCUCCUGGUGGAUUUAUUCGCUGCCAGCUAACGUUAGCUCAGCUAGCUCCGAGCAGCACCAUGGACUGGUUAAUGGGGAAGUCGAAGACGAAGCCGAAUGGGAAGAAGCCGCCGGCAGAAGAGAAGAAGCAGUACGUGGAGCCGGAGUUCACGAAAACCCGAGUGGUGGACUUCGACCUGAAGGAGCUGGUGGUGCUGCCCAGAGAGAUAGACCUCAACGAAUGGCUCGCGAGCAACACGACCACGUUCUUCAAUCUUAUCAACCUGCAGUACAGCACCAUUUCAGAGUUCUGCACUGGGGAAACCUGUCAGGCCAUGACGGCUUGUAGCACAAUAUACUACUGGUAUGACGAGAGGGGGAAGAAGACGAAGUGCACCGCUCCACAGUACGUCGACUUCGUCAUGAGUCUUUGUCAGAAACUGGUCACAGAUGAGGAAAUCUUUCCUACAAAGUAUGGCAAGGAGUUCCCCAACUCGUUUGAGUCCUUGGUGAAGAAGAUCUGCCGGUACCUGUUCCACGUGCUGGCUCACCUCUACUGGGCGCACUUUAAGGAGACGGUGGCUCUGGAGCUGCACGGCCACUUGAACACUCUGUACGCACAUUUCAUCGUUUUCGUAAGGGAAUUCAACCUGAUCGACCCUAAGGAGACCUGUAUCAUGGACGACUUGUCCGAAAUCCUCUGCAGUCCCGUCCCGGCCCCGCCCCCGGCCCCUUCCACCCCAGCGCCAGCUCCCUCCCCCUCUUCACAAAACCACGUGACGGAGAGAUGAGCAGGGGGGGGCGCGGUGGCAAGAUGGCCGACCCCCGGGGGGGACGAUGGAAGAUAAGAGAGAAGGAGGAAAAAAAAAAACAACAAAAAGCAGCCCGGCCCCCUUCCUCGGUGCAAGCAGGACUUAUGAAACCUUCCACUACCUUUAUAUUUCGCCACGACACCAACCGACCAGCCGGAAGAAAAAGGCCGGGGGGGGAGAGUGGGGGGGUUUAUGGGGGGGCGGGUUGCAGGGAGGGGUUUGUCACGCCAGCAGGAAUUGGCGUGAGCGUUCCUCCCAGGGACAAAUCCCUCCCGUCUUCUCUGCAAUCUAAACUAGGAACAAAACAAAAAAAAAUAAAUGUGUAUAUUUUA